UGUGGUACGUAUUAGGAGUAAAAAUUCCACCAGCGAAGCAGCCUUACUCAUUAACAGUCAUUUUGACACGAAACCAGCCAGUCCCGGCGCUGGCGAUGAUGGCACUAUGGUUGUUAUAUUGCUCGAGACUCUGCGCGUGCUCGCUACAACUCGGCAAACUUUCAAACAUCCCAUUGUGUUUCUAUUCAAUGGCGCCGAAGAGAAUCCUUUGCAGGCCUCACACGGUUUUGUUACCCAACACGAAUGGGCUAAGAAUUGCAAAGCGGUCAUUAACUUGGAUUCAGCAGGUAGCGGUGGUCGUGAAAUUCUCUUCCAAGCCGGACCCAAUCACCCAUGGUUAAUGAAA